AUGCCCAACCCGCGCCACUCGUCGAAGAGCCCCGUCAAAGCCCAGGCGUUUGCGCUCAGCAGUGUACGACCGCCACAGCGACAAGGCGCUUGGCGUCCACCUCCCGUUUACUGCGCCGACGGUGUAACAUUGUAUCAAGACUACGUCAGAGCCCCACCUGGUCAGGUCGGGUUUGCGUUGAACACCUCCCGCCUGGAGAAUCUAGAGGGCUGGGAGUCGCUGCGUGCCAACGAUGGAGUUGACGACGAAGCUAACUACAUAACACCUGUGCACUCCGAUGCGGUGGCCGCCCCGACGGCGCACUCUGUGGCCCGAGAGAAGCAGACUACGCGCUGGGUCACGGAAACCAUUCCCGCCCUACUUCCUGGCUACGUGGAUCUCAUGCUUCGAACGGAGCGUCUGCGUCACCUCGAUCGUGCAACCCCGUAUAUGGCUUCAUGCGUUUGCGGAAAACAGAAAGAGAUCCGGGUCUACCUGCUUCGUUGGCACGUUGCAGAUCUAGACAGAAUUUCACUGCAGCACUGUGCCUGUCGCCCAGGAACGCAGCAGCUCGUUGCCCGUGGCUUCUUUCCAAGCUCGCCCGUGGAACCGCACCUGGGCGUGGACAUGCGAGUGCUAGACUUUGCGCAGGAUCUGUUCCUUAACCAGGCACCCAACAACCGUGCACUGACAAAAACGAUUGAACAGUGCCUCGACAGGCUAGGCUACAAGCUGCCCAACCGUGAAUCCCUUCGACGCCAAUUUGGCAAUGCAUUAGAGUACUAUGUUAUGCUGCGCCAUAGCACAGAUCAGGCCAUUGACAACAUCCUCGCCACUGUGCGGCAGAGGAUCCAGAAUGAGGACGACAACCAUGAACGCCCAACCACACCAGGUCCGGUGAUCGCACGAACCUCUGUGCAGGAAUCUCCGCGCAAGAGAGGCCGCAGGGAAUGGGACUCCUCUCCGCCGUCUUCUCCAACUAAACGCGCUCGAGCAGCGCAACCAUCAUCUCCGACGCGAUCCUCGUUGCCGUCUUCGUCAUCUCCGGUAAAACAUUCGCUGCAUUCAUCGCCUAGUGCCCCACCAGCAUCUUCUCCCGAGCCGUCAUCGCCUGUGGCCGAGUCAUCACGUCACACCUAUCCAUUCACAUCGCCCGAGGAUCGCCCGCGACCAAGUGAAUACCUCCGGAGCCGAUGUCCCGCCUGCUUCGGCGGCAAAUGGGAGGACAUGCGGGUAGCUCUUGAUUGCAUUGUUUGCGGAGACGCAUGCUUCACGCAGAAACGGAACAAGGACCGAGGCUGUCGAGAUCCGGAGCGCAUGCAUCCCAAGUCGUCUUUCUUGUCCGACCAAGCGACGCAGAAGAUGGCUGACUGGGUCGAAGGAAUACGUCCUCCUCGUUCCGCCCCGGACACAGCUGCUGCACCGACAUCAGAAGUGGAUGAUGACAAUGUGAUCGAAGCACCAAGCAUCCCACUGCCUCGAUCUGUGCUUAAUGAGUGUGAAAGGUCCUUUGCUGCAGCAGAUGAGACCAGAGCGAAGACCAGUUCCCAUUUCUUUGAUGAUAAAGGACUGAUGGGCUUGUCGUGUCGUCACGAUAACCUGCUUUUUCUAGCAAACAUUAAGACGCCCGGUGAGCGGCAGUUCUACAUGUUUGCACUACUUGAAGCUCUGUUCCAGCACCUGCCGACUGAUUUUGCCGUUGGCUUCCUGUACGACAUUGCCUGCCAGUUACAGCGAUCUGCAGUCAAAUACGAGUUCUUGCCUCCAGAAUACAUGGCCAGACUGGAGUGGGCCGUUUCCGUCCUGCAUUCACAGCACGCAAUUGCUGUUCUGGCUGAAUGCCCGCACUCUGUAUCAGUUCUUCGCGCAGAGCACACCAAACAGGUGGCAACGUUAUCCCAGCCAUUACCUCGUCAAUCGAAGCAUGCGGGGAAAAUCGCCAUACAAGAUGUACUACGGAAGACGGCGGCAAUGGAUAUGCUGAAGAACCAAAUGUCGCAGUGGAAUGACGCCAUCUACAAGGAGGACGCCGAUCCGGUAUAUGUUGACUUCGCUGUCCAGGAGUACGCAAAAGCCGACGCAAAGCUCCUGAAACUUGCGGAAUCAGUUCGCAAGCAGAAGGCAAUCAUGGGCGUCGAAGACAAGGCAAACUUAUCCAAGCUAGUGAAGAGCAAGUACAUUCAGGCACGCACCAAUGCCGCCGCCGCAAAAACAAAGUUGCGCAAUCGCUUGCGCCAGAGGAAGUUCGAGCUUGACAGAGUGGAGCGGCACUUCCAUCGAAACAAAGCAGAUGCCAAAAUGACGACUCACAUCGAGGACGCCGUGCGACGCCGUGACCGAAGCAUCAAAGAUGUAUGCCGGUUGUACAAUAGACUUUGCACGGAGUUGCAGGAGCUCAUUCGUCUCGGUCGUGCCCCACGCAAUGCAAUUGCACCUAGACAAAUCGUUGAGAAGGACAUAUGGGGCUUGGAUGUUGAUGCCGAAAUCUGGCUUGACGUUGGCCUAACGGACGCAGAUGAAGACACGGAGCCGCCACUAUGGAUGAAAAGUGACGCAGUUCGUCAGGGAAUCCAGGCCAUGCUGGAGCAGGACCGCUGUAACGAGGAGGAGCCGCGCUUGUUCCAUGAGUGUCGCGCUUUGCGCUGGUGGAUGGCCGAGGAAUGGGAAGUGCUGACACGCGGAAUCAAGUUGGCUGCAGAAGACGGUGAAGCCGGGAUUGUCUAUCAGUUCGAGCUUCGCAAGUCCGAAUUGACGAAAUUGACUGCCGCAUGGGAGAAACCACUACGUCAGGUGCCGUAUCCCACAGUCGGGUUACCAGCAUGGGGCCCGUCCAAUGAAGAUCUUCUUCAAGUCCGCAUCGAUGAUAUGUUUGCCCGAACAACGGUUGGCAGCUGGAAGGAGAGUGAUUGGUCAUCACAUCAAGAGGACAGCGCAUCAGACAGCGACUCUGGGACUGACACGGAGUACUUUCCCUACGACGAAUUGGACGCUUUCGAGCGUGCCGGUGAUUGGCGAGAGCUUCAUGGUAUCUAA